GAGACCUCUCCCUUCUUCACUCCUCCGUCCUCCCUCUCUCCCUCUGCUGCGAUCUCUGAAGCUUAAACGCUAAGAUGGCCUCCAGAGUAGCUCUGCUCUUCCUCUUGUGUGUUCUUCCUUCCAUGGUUGCCGCCAUCCGCUCUCACAAGAACCCAUUCUGCGUCCAGGGUCGUGUCUACUGCGACGCUUGCCGUGCUGGUUUUGAGACCUCUGCUACCACCUACAUUUCCGGUGCUGAGGUUGUUGUGGAAUGCAAGGACAGGAAUACAGCGGAAGUUAUGUUCUCUAAGAAGGGCGUGACUGACUCCACGGGAACUUACAAAAUCUUGGUGAAUGAGGAUCAUCAAGACCAUAUUUGCAGUGCCAAGCUUGUUAGCAGUCCUCAGGGUAACUGCCAGGAAGCCGCCCCUGGACGCGAUGAAGCCCUUGUUGUUCUUACCCGUAACAAUGGGAUCGCAUCUGACGACAGAUUUGCCAAUUCUUUGGGCUACAUGAAGACCGAAGCUGAUUCUGCUUGUACUGAGAUUCUCAGGCAAUACCAGAUGUUCGAUGAAGAAAAUUAAGUCAGUCUGCAGUGUCUUUCAAAUUUAUUUAUUUUGGAUCGGCUUUCCUAAUUUCUACUUGAUUCAAUCUUGAUGGAAUGUUAUCUUGACAUUCUUAGUUUAUGCUUGCAAGUUACUGGCCUCUAGUAAAUUACAUUACACAAAGUAUUACGUACGCGGACUGCGUGUUGUGAUAAACUAUUCUUUGAUAUCUGGAUUUAGCAAAUAUAUGCUAUGAUGUGUGGAUUUGUUUAUUUUAAAA